CAAACCAAGUGCAUCGGAUGUGUCGAGGCCUCAUAAUCAAACCCAAGACCAAUAGAAAUAGAUAGUUUUAUUCCAUACAACGGAAACACACGAUAUAAUUAUGGAAAAGGGUGGAAAAUGGCAAAAUACUCGGGCAAAAUUCAUUCAAACAGAAAAAGCAAUCAUCCCAACUCUUUAAAUUGGUCGUAUUCCCCUUUCUCGGAGUUCAGUCCAGAGAUUUCAGUUACUCUUUCGGUUCGCUCUUCAGGAUGCUAGAAUUUGAAGUAUUCAGGAUUAGUGAAGACAUGUCGAACCGGAAUGGGAAUUUGCAUCCUUAAUGAUCUUUGUGUCCUUGGCCAACGAACUUCAAUCUUAUCUUCUUGCUUGGGGUAGUACUGGCUUUUCAGGAGGGAAGUUCUUUGCAAGGCUGAGGACGUGAAGAAUGGUUGAUGCAAGUAAUAGACCUCAAAUUUUUCAACAUAUAUGUAAAUCUUUGACAACAACAGUUUAUGACACUCUAUGGGUUCCUAGCAGUGCUAGGUUUGUAGUCUUGGGUUCCACCGCUCGUUCAACAGGCUCUAUUCAGGUUUAUGAAUUGAGUGGUUCUGAGCUGAAUGAAGUUGCAAAGGUGGAGAAAUCGUGCAGUUUUAAGUGUGGAACUUUUGGUGCCUCCUCUCUGGUUGAGAGACAGCUGGCAACUGGUGAUUUCAAAGGAAAUCUUCACAUAUGGGAUUUGGAAAAAAUGGGCAUUCCUGUUUUUCAUGUAAAAGCUCAUGAAACAAUUAUAAAUGCUAUUGAUGGAUGUGGUGGCCUUGGAAUUGGUCAUGGGGCUCCUGAAAUUGUGACAGGUGGAAGGGAUGGACGUGUGUGUGUAUGGGAUCAGCGGCAAAAAGAUGAUCCAGUAGCUCUAUUUGAACCUGAAACCAGGGAUACGAACCGAGAUUGCUGGAGUGUUGCAUUUGGUAACUCAUACAAUGACGAGGAACGGUGUGUUAUGGCUGGCUAUGACAAUGGAGACAUAAAAUUGUUUGAUUUAAGAACUGGAAAGGUUCCAUGGGAGACAACACUCAAGAGUGGGGUAUGUGGCAUACAAUUUGAUCGCAAGGAUAUUGCGAUGAACAAGUGUGUGGCUACCACGUUGGAGUCACAGUUUCAUGUUUUCGACUUGCAAACUCAACAUCCAGAAUUGGGAAUCUUGAGUAUCACAGAGAAGAUGGCCAUUGGAACAACAAUAUGGGGAGUGAAGCAUCUCCCACAAAAUCGGGAGGUUUUUAUGGUUCUUGGAGGGGAUGGAUCCUUAUCCCUUUAUAAACAUUCCAACCCUAGCAAGCGUUCCCUCAAAAGUAUGGAAGGAAGACCAUAUGGGAUAACGGAUAAAGUAAAUCUUCUAUCUUCUCAGCCAUUGUCUACUCAGCCAGUUGCAUGCUUUGAUUGGAGUCCAGACAAAGAAGGGCUGGCAGUAUUCGGUUCUUUUGAUCAAUGUAUUAGAGUUGCUAUUGUGACAAAACUAAACAAGAUAUAAGUUACACAAUUGUAUAAUUGCAUUCACUAUUGUCACAUGAUAGGAUAUCCUUGGUGUUAUCAACUUCAAAUAUAAGCUUCAAAUCAUUUCCUGUAUAUUUUGUGGUAAUGUUGGCAGAUAGCUUUUCAGGUUUUGUUAUUAAGUUUCUAAUUUUGCAUUUAGUUGUAUUAAGAGAAAUCUUUCUCAUCUUUAUACUCGAUCUUUAUUAUAAUUACGGCAACAUGAGUAUUUGUCUUUA